GAUAAUAAUUAACAGAUGUACCUUAUCAUGUAAUUAACAUAUAGCAUAGGUAGCUCCUAGAAUAUCUCUUGUAUUUCAUUAGCAUAUCAGUACAUAUUUUCCUCAUCAAUAUCUCCUAAUAUUUAGGCAUGUAGUUUGGGAAAUUACUUGUAUAUAUUUCUCUGUCACUGAAUGAGAAUAACAGACCAUUACCUCAUAUUCUUUCUUUAUGGUAUCAGUAGCGGGUUUACAAACCCUAAAUUGAUAUUUCAAUUUUUUUUUUCCUUUCUUUCUCCUUCUUUUUUCCUGUCGAUCUUGAUAAGAAAAUCAUGGCAGGAAAUAGUUCUGAUGGAGACUUACAGAAAAAUUCAAGUGACGGCGACAAAGGGAAGAAGCAGAUUCCUCUCGCUACGUCGUCACCAUACUAUUUACAUCCUUCUGAUCAUCCUGGCAUGAAUAUUUGCCCAUUAAUUUUGAAGGGUGACAAUUAUCCAGAAUGGGAAACCAGUAUGCGUAAUGCAUUUCGUGCAAAGCGUAAACUAGGUUUCUUGGAUGGGACUAUUACAGUACCAGCCGUUGACGGAAGCGAGAUUGAGGAUUGGUGGAGCGUCAAUUCCAUGCUUGUAGCCUGGAUUAUUAAUUCCAUCGACUCUUCGCUUCGUUCUACCAUAACCUAUUAUGAUACAGUAAAGGAGUUAUGGGAAGAUCUAAAGCAGCGAUUCUCUGUCGGCAACGGACCCCGUAUUCUUCAGUUGCGAUCUGAACUGGCACGUUUUGAUCAAAAUGGUCAGAGUGUUGCUUCUUACUAUGGGCAUCUGAAGAAAAUUUGGGACGAGUUAUCCACAUAUCUCACAAAGAGAGCUUGUACAUGUGGAAAAUGUGAUUGCAAAUGGGCAGCAAAUUUGAGCAAGAACGUGAAGAUGAGCGAGUUCACCAAUUUUUGAUGGGCUUGGAUGAUGAUUUGUAUGGAACACUUCGUUCUAACAUUAUUGCUCAAGAUCCGCUCCCUUCAUUGAACCGAGUCUAUUCUCUGGUGGUUCAAGAAGAGCGCCACAAAACCAUGACAAAGGGGCGUGAGGCACGAAAUGAGGCUGUUGCCUUUGCUGUUCGUGGCGGUUCUUCUAAUCGUGGUGGAGCUAAAGGAUAUUCUGACAAGACUAGCUGUUCUCAUUGUGGAAAGCCGCAUGAAGUUUCCAAUUGCUUCAAAAUUAUUGGCUAUCCAGAAUGGUGGAAUAAUGGACGUGGAAAUGGAAAAAACACUGGAAAAGGCAAAAGUAAUUUUGGAGUUGGAAAAGGUUCUCCUGGUGUUGCUAAUGCUGCCCAAUCUGCAACACCAUCCUUCUCUGCCUCACCUGUUUUGACAACACAAGACAAGAAUGUUGUUGGUCCUACUUUAACCGAUGAUCAAUGGAACACCGUCUUGAAUAUGUUGAAAUCUUUAAACAAUAAACCUUCAUCCAAUGAAAAAUUGUCAGGACCACAUUUCGAGGAUGGUGAUUGGAGUGGGUGAAGAGAGGGAUGGGGUCUAUUGGCUUCGCUCGAUGGCACCGACAAAUCGAUUAUGUCAUGCAACCGACGCAGAUUCUUAUCAAGUGUGGCAUCGACGCCUUGGACAUCCGUCUUCCCAGAUAGUUUGUCUUCUUCCUGGUGUUAGUAAUAAUAAUUGUAGUAGAAAUAAAGAUGAACCAUGUGAUGUAUGCUUUAAAGCAAAACAAACUCGUACUUCAUUUCCUAUUAGUUCUAGCAAAGCAGAUGAUUUAUUUGAGUUGAUUCAUUGUGAUGUAUGGGGUCCAUAUAGUGUUCCCUCUUCAUGUGGUGCCUCUUAUUUUUUAACAAUUGUUGAUGAUCAUUCAAGAGGGGUUUGGAUUUACUUAAUGGCUAAUAAGACAGAGGUUGCAAAACUUAUUAAAAA